UUGCGGGUCACCGCAUAGUGGACCAACAGGGUCGCUUGUCCAAAGCCGCGACUGGUUGUCUCUAUCCACCGAGCACACACAGGUCCACCUAAUCCCCCACCAUUCAACAACGUCCUGGCGUUGCUGGAUCUCAGAUCCCCAUCCCUACGGAAGAUAGCGAUGGAUGAGGAUCCGCAGGGCAAGAUUUGCAGGUUUUGCAAGCAUGAACUUGAUGUAUGCUGUGACGAACAGAAGCCGGCUUCUCACCUCCGGAUACCAAUCACGGAUGUCUAUUGUUUCAAAAUGUUUGUUCCAUGCGGGGUCCGCCGCGGCAUAGAAGAAUACGUACAUCGCAUUGAUCCAGACGCAAUACCAGGAGAAAUAAAGAUUUGGACCCCGGAUUUUGUUACACGUGAGGGGCUACGAUAUGAGGUGAUCUUCGAGUUUGGUGAUGCGGGAUCAAAGAUAACUGGUGGUGGCUGGAAGCAAAUGCUCAACGAUUAUGCCGUCAGGCCAGGGCACAUAAUGCACAUAUACUUGCAUAACGGAAGACACAAGAUAUCGGUGGAUUUAGAGGCUGGGGGCGUCCAUCUUUCACCCCUUUUUUUGUUGCAAUGUGUGGCCUCAGCCGUAGGAAGGCCAAGGUAAUCGACAAGAUCAUAUAUGCAAGGGGUAUAAUGCUAGGAUAUCAAGAGAUGAAGAGAAUGAUAAAUAGUUCGUUUGGGCCAACAAAGAUUCCAUGUUGUGUGUUUGUUCACAGGAUGAGCAAACGUGACGUCACUGGAGGAUACAUGAGGAUUCCAAAGAGAGUGGUCGAACGAAUAGAGAAGAAGACGGGGCUUCUCGAAGAAGAAGGUGGGCUCCUGCUGGUAAAUGAUGCGGAUACACAUGUUAAUGCUCUAUACAAGAAGAUCAGCGACAAGAGGCUGGUUUUACAUGAAGGAUUCAGGGCUUACGCAAAUCUGCUUGGUCUGGAGGUUGGUGACGUGGUAGCAAUAUGCUUCCAGAAGAUCAUCAAAUGUAAUGCAGUGAAAUUAUGGUUUACCGUCAUAGCCUGAUCGAUGUAGCAUGAAAUUGAUGGAUGUUGGAACGUUAUGAAGUUGUUGAUUGUGUAAUAAAUUUUGAAGUGUCUGUUUUGCGAGAACUAAA